UUUUGGUCACGUGACCAGCGAUGCUUAUAGAUGGCGACGGAGAGGAGGUUAGUAGCAGCUCGAAACCCGUGCCCUCGGUAUUUCUGCUCUGUUGCGGCCCAUGAUCAGGUCACUGUUGUUGUGUGACACUAAGACUUGUGUCAACAGUAGUUUGGUAGGGAUUCACUUCCUGGCAGAGAGAGUGUCUUUUACCAUUUGGACAGUGGAAUAAUGGCGAAGAUAAAAGGACCAUACUCGCUUCGGCGAUCGAACCAGAGCUCCCUGGAGCUCAUGAUGGAAUGUGAAGAGGACGAUUUGUCUCCGUGGCAAAUCGAGGCUUCCCGUCGGGCCCUGGAUGACUACGAGAAAGCAGUCCAACGUAUCAAAGCUGCAAAAGCCCGUCAAAUGAUACAACAGAAAGCAUCGUCUGUUACUACCCCAGCUUCCCUUCCUAGGAGUAAAUCCCCUGAUGUGAUCAUUGUUGGUGAGACGCCAGCGACCCGAAUUCCAAACCAGGUUCAGCAAUCUAGAAUGGGUUCGACACAGCUUCUGAAGUCCCAACUUCAUGCUAACCAAUUACAGCGCUCUUCUCUUUCAAACUCCAUGCUCACUGCCAACACCCUCAAUAAAAAUCUUGCGGGAAACAUGUCUCUCGGAAAAGUCCAGGGACAAAUGCGGAAACCUGGGGAAAACAGUUCCCUGUCGCAGCAACACUCCCUGAUUUUACCAAAGGCUAUCUCUUCUUUGCUCUCCGCUGCCAAUCACAGACAAGUUGGAAGUGGAAACAGCAGCAACAACAACAACAACAGCAGCCUCGGCCAAAGUGACCAAGGGACCACCAGUGCCAACACCAUCGGCUAUGGCUUCAAGAAAACCGAUCCCUUGGACACUGCCUCGACAACACUGAAACGGGCAGCAGACACAGAUUCGGCCCAGUCCCCACCCAAAAAGAAGGUGCAGCGAAAAACUUCAACAGAUUCCUCUGCCGGAAACUGGGUCCCACUGGAUGAAUAUUAUUAUGGCAAAAUGGAAGGUGACCCAAAUUAUUGGGAAGAGAAAGGAGAACACAGAUUUAAGUGUUGGUAUUGUUCCAAGAUGUUGUACAAUAACGUGCGCACCAUGAUGCACAUGCAGGGUCAUAUUGACAGCGAGAAACAACAGAAUCUUGACCUCAGCGACCUCACCCAGUGUAAACAUUGCUACAAACAGUUUGAUACUCCUUUUGAAAUGCAAACUCACAUUGAGAAGGUCCAUAUGAACAAUGCCAACGUGCUCCUGUGUCGCAUCUGCGAGAAGGACCAUGACAGUCGACUUGCGUUAACCAAUCACAUGCGCCAAGUGCACACAGCGUGCGAGAUGCCAUAUAUUUGUCAAAUGUGCAAUUUCCGCUCAUCCAUGUACAGUGACGCAGUCGACCACUUCAAGAAGAAACAUGACAGUUCUCCAUUCAUCCUGUGUCUGUACUGUUUGAAGAUAUUCCGUGUUAAAUUCGUGGCCAAUGGCUGGGGUCAGACCCAAAUGUACUAUCACCACCUCCUGAAACAUCAGUCCAAGACGAAUUCUCGAAAAUGUCCCAUAUGUAAGCUGACAUUCUUCAAUUCUUUGGAAGUGAAGGCUCACCGCAAGAAGGACCACCAGUCGAACCAAAAGGGAGUCAUAGGUAUGAAUGCCAAAUACACGACCCCUGACCAAGUGAUGAUAAAAGUACCGGAGCCGGGUGUGGCCCCGUCUAAAGACAAAGGGGUGAAGUCAUUGAAUGCCCCUGCACUCACCAAAGUUAUGGACUACCAUGGAAUGAAGCUACCCGAAUACAUGGAGACUUAUAAAUGUAUCGAAUGCAAAGCCAACAUGAACACUGCCGGACACUUCCGGUAAGGGACUUUGUAAUCA